UUUGCUGCGCCAUACAACAGAGGAAAAACUGACUGGGAAAAUAAGGAAGCGCUGAAACGAUACCUAACCUUUUAUUGCUGUUGUUGUGACAUUCUAGCUUAUUAAGGCGUUUUAAGGUUGUUUAAUUGAAGCAUUUGAAUAUUAGAAAUGGCCGAAACCAUUAUUUGCGUGGCGUGGGAUCCUAACCAGGAAAUGCUAUCUGUUUGAUGCCUCGGCAGAGAAGUUGUCAUGUGGUGUGUGGAAAACAUGAUGGGCAUUUUCCCCAUUCACGAUACCUCGUCUUUGUUUUGGACUGUUCCAGCUACAGCGGUUCUGCAUGACUAGGUGAAGCUUGCGUGAGCGGCGGCCAUCCUGCUCUCGUAGACGUGCUGAGGUUUCUGCUCCGUGUGAGGCGCUGGAUGACAGGGGAGAGAUGGAUGAAGUGAUCUCCCUCAGCUCAGACGACUCCGAUCUAGAAAUCGUCGGGUCUUGCGGUGGCUUCACCAAGUCUGAGCCGCCGCCGCCGCUGUCAGAGGUUCGAGUGGACGUCGAAGCUGUAAACGUCAACAUCCCACGGCAUUACAUUGACCUCACUGAUCCAAGAUGGGCUUGUCCAGAGCUCAAGCUGCGCCCAAGGCUUAAUCUCUUCGACUCACCUAUAAUAGACCUGACCGCGAAAGAGACAAAGGAGACAAAACCGGACACAAAGGACAUCUUUCAAAAUGGUGACAGUCAGUUAGAACAAGGCAUUAGGAUCUUAAACGGCCAAGAUUUUAAACUAGAAAAUUCUUCAGGAGUCUCUCACGUUUUACCUCCACAGCAGGACUGUGGCACCCAAAAGCCAAAGCAAAGACGUUUGAAUUCUCCAACACAACCAGAGAAUCAAAACCCUGCAAUACAAGCUUCUCAGGAUGCACCAGAUGUGAAACUGGAUCAAUUGUCGUUUCUUGAAUCACAUGUCAAGAUUCUGGAAACAUCAAGGUGUUGUGUUCAGCUAACCAAAGAUUCUCCACAUAUGUCACUGUGUUUUAAACAGAACAAUAAUGGUGAAGCACAAACAUGUGCAACUAGUUUAGAAAUAACUCCUUCUACCUUAAAUGUUUCUCACAUGGAAUCUAUGGCCAUCAAAUGUCCUGAGGUGAGGAAAUCUGCAAGGGAAGAACCUGAAACCCCCCAGAAACAUACAAGCAAACUGUUGCAAGAUCAAGCAACACAGGACUUACAAAUUCCUGCUCGGUGUCCUAAUGCAAAGGAGGAACAUGAUGAUUCAACUUUAAGGCAACACACAUCUGUAGAAAAUAACCUAGAUGGCUUUCAUUCAUCAGACAGGGUUCCAUCAACUUUUAAAUCUUUAACUCAAGAUAAAACUGCUAUUUGCUCCAACCUGGAAAAGCUGGAUUUAUAUAACUCGGAAUAUGGACAAAGAUGUCCCUCUGAUCAUCCUUCCUCUCAUUCUCCUCAUAUUGUUGAAGCUGAUUCUGUCUCCCACACAAGUUGCACUCCACUUAAUCAUACAAACCAAGGUGGCCAAUCGCCUAGGUCUGACUACACGCCUGUUGAAAAUACGCCUGAGUGGGAGCUGGAGACGCUGACCUACAGAGAGGAUGCAGGAGAUGACAGUCCGAUGUCCUUGCCUUGGCAAGGAGACAGUGACAGAGAGGACAUGAACGAAGAGAGCAGGUUUUGCACCAAUUUCAGGGCUGUGACUAGAGAGGAUCGGAGACAUGUGUGCUCAAUCACUCUAGAGAAGCUAAUGUCUGGACACCAACAAGUUCUGAUCGAUAGAGACAAUGAAAACCCUGAAGCUUCCCAGGUGCUGUGUCGUCAGAGCCUGAGUCUGGUUUACAGUACAAUCGAGGAGAACUACCCAGAAGGCACUUUGCAGCUGCUGUCUGAUUUACUGCAGCCUGGUUACUAUCCUCCCAAAGAUAUAACCACCCACCUUCUUCGUGGCAUUCUGCUUGACCCACACUGUCCCUAUCACCUCUGCGUGCAAGCUUUUAAUCUGCUUAUGAGGACUCAAAGACACCACCGAGCUAAUAGAUCCACAGCUCCUUGGGACUGGGAGUUGCUUACCUCGGUCAUGUCCAGUCAGCUUGAGCACAGCAAGCAACAAAAUGAUGGCAAAAAGAAGCAUCAGUGGGAGGUUAUGUGCAUGCUUUUGGAGUACUGCGUGCAGACUUUAGAGGAUGACUUCACUGCCAGAUGCGCUUCAUCUUCCCUCAGCCAUUCGAUUGCAAAGGCAACUCUGUCAUGUGAUCGGCAGUUUUCUCGGGUCAGAGAUGUCAUCAAGUGGCUGUUUUGUGUCAUUAUAAAAACAACAGAAAACGAAGACAGCAAAGAAGGAAUCCAAAAGAAAGACAACCAAAUAAGAAUAGUGUCGAUCUUCCAAAGGAUGCUGUCUCUGGCUCUGGAGGCGGACCGUUCUCCUGCUCUGAACUCUGCCAAGCUUUCCCAGGAGCUCUUCCAUAUGGUCCUCAGCCACAUGCCUCUAAGAGCUCACAGGAUGUUGUUGCUGGAGAGCCUACAGAGUAAGCUGCUGAGAUGUAAGCUGUUGGAACAGUUGCUGGAUUAUGCAUGCCCACAGAAAGUCUCUCUUCCCAUGUCGCUUAGCCUGCUGCUGCACUUUCUGAAGAACUGCACUCUGGCAGCAGACCCAAGGGAUGGUUUGGAACACUGGCGAAAGUGGGAAGAGUUGAUCCAUCUCCUCUGGAUGUUGCUGCUCAGCUAUAGCAAAGCAAUGAAAGGCUGUCUGACCAGCUCUACGUCUGAACAAAUAGGCAAAGUGGGGACGUUAAUUUACAAGCCGGAAGACACGGUGUCAAAGUCUGCUGUUCAAGAAGCAAUGGACGCUUUCCUGUCCAGAUCCCAAGCGGACAUCGGCGAAGCCUUACCUCUUCAUGUGGAAGAAUCCCUAACAUAUUUGCAGGAUCACCUGUUAGAUGUCUGUCAGUGUUGAUUUUUUUUUUUUUUUUUUUUUUUUUUUAAAGAAAGAAACUCUUUUAGUUGCGUUCUGUUGUUUUUCCUAAGAUGCACUAAGAAGCAUCUUUGUACUUUUUAUUUGUGUAUUUUGUGGGUGUUCAUUUGCACAGUUGUUUUAAAGUUGAGACUUGCUGUCCCACAGUAAUCCAAAAUGUAUUUAAAUUGUACUUCUAAUUUAAAAUGUCUAUCAGCAAAAGAAAAGUAAUUUGCUGACUUUUUUUUAAUAAACCACAUUAUACCAUUACAUCAGUACCUUCACAAAGACUACAGUGUCUGAAUAAAGUGAUCAAUCAGG